AUGCGCAAACCACGAACGAUAUAUUCAAGUCUGCAGCUGCAGCAACUGAACAGAAGGUUUCAGAGGACCCAGUAUCUUGCUCUCCCUGAACGAGCUGAGUUGGCCGCCUCUCUCGGUUUAACCCAAACACAGGUAAAAAUCUGGUUUCAAAACCGACGGAGCAAAGUGAAGAAGUUGAUAAAGCAG